AUGUAUGUAACGACAGGUACUAAUGAUAUUCUCCUUACCAUAAACGAUUAUGUAAAUAAAGAGACGGCAUCGUAUCAGUUGACUGACAUUAGUAAUAAUACAUUAAUAAGUGAGAUUAUUGAAAAAAUUAAAGUGUUAAAAAAUUAUACUUAUAGUUCUACAGAUUUAGUUUUAUAUUUUGCUAGAGUAGAAUGUAAAUUAAGUGAAAAAUUAUCAACAUAUAAUAAAUCGAAUAGAAAAACGAUAAAAUUAGAAUUAUAUUUGUCAAAACUAAUAACAAUCAAUGUUCGUACUUUACAAUCAUGUGGAACAGGAACAAGUCGAUGUAUUCCUUUCUGGUCUUUUUGUUUCAGACAAAAUAUAAAAAUUAAAAUUAUUGAUACUUGUGAAGUUAGGGUUCUAAAACAAAAAAUUUAUAAUCUCACGGACGAAUCGACAUCAAUACCUGUUGAAAAUAUUGUCUUAUUAUAUAAAGGCGCACCCUUAAAUAAUUUCCUAACACUGAAAGAGUCAGAAUUAAUAGACAAUUGUCGUAUUGAUUAUUUCGUACCUCUAUGUUAUAUUUACAAAAAAAAGAAAGAAGAAUCUGAUGAAGAUGAAGAUGAAAAUGAAGAAAAAUUAAAGGAACAUACAAAAUCUGAGGAUAAAAAAGUAGACACACAACAAAAUGAAAAUGUAAAAAGUGAAAAUGUUAAUAAUGAAAAUGUAAAAAAUGAAAAUGUUAAUAAUGAAAAUGUAAAAAAUGAAAAUGUUAAUAAUGAAAAUGUUAAUAAUGAAAAUGUUAAUAUUGAAAAUGUAAAAAAUGAUAAUAAUGAUAAUGCAAAAAAAUGUUAA